ACAUGUAAUAGUGUUAAUGUUAAUCAAGAUAAGGUGUCUGAACCAAUUCAAAUAUUUGAGAGUGGUGCUUUACUGGACGAUAUGCUUUCAAUAAUUUCAAGUUCUCAAUUUUCAGAUGAUCACCCAAUGCAGCGAUGCGCCAAUGUAGAUAGUAGCAACAAACAAACUCAUUUUGUUAAUUAUGAGGAUACUGAAAUAUCUGGCACACAGAUAAUCUCUGAACAAAAUGACAUAGCUGAUGAUCAAAUAAGAGACAGGGAAAACCAAGAAUUAAUUAAUAUAAGUGAUUUUAAUUCUAACAAAAAGCAUCGCCUUCAAGCUCUUCAAGAUGUGUCAAAUAAUCCAACCUAUCAGCAUAAUAUUUAUCGUCAAGUCACUAAUAAGAAUCUUGAAGAUUACCGCUCUAAAAUGGAAAAUCAGAUGCAUACAAGAUAUAAAAUUCACGAACAUGUUUAUAGAGUCAGUGAUUUGGUAAAAAUUCAAAUUGCUAAAAUUGAUCGUGAACCUGGUGAUCAUUAUGCACUUUCCUCUAAAAUAUUUUCAGUAUUUCCUAAUAACAGAUAUCGUCUU